UUCAGCUCCCGUAAGUGCAAAGUGCUGAAGUGGGGGCCUACAGAGAAUGUAGAGGGGGCUUUGGACACACCGCUUGUACUGCAGGGGGAGACUGUGCAGUGUGUCACGGACUACAAGUACUUGGGUGUACACCUGUCCACGGGUAGGAACUACAUCCAAGCACAUGAAUCGGCUGUCCGAGCAAAGGCCAUGAGGGGAAAGGGAGUGCUGGCAGCAACGUCCAUGUGGGCUUUCGACCGCUACGAGGUUGCUCGUAGCCUGUGGAAGAUGGUGAUGGUGCCCGGACUGACUUUUGCGAAUCGGGUGCUGUGCACGUCGUCUCAGACUCGGGAGUUCCUAGAGGUUAGACAGCGGGAGGCGGGACGGAUGGCACUUGGGGCACACAGGGGGACUCCAAACGAAGGGGUGCAGGGAGACCUCGGAUGGUCUGCUUUUGAGUCGAGGGAAGCGGUGGCUAAGCUGUCUUACGAGAGGCGUCUUUGCGGCCUCGGAGAGGAGCGAUGGGCCAGGAGGGUGUUUAAGUACCUCGUGUACAGGAGUGUAAACACGCGCCUGACCAAACGAGUGGCCAGGCUCGCGGGGAAGUAUGAGGUACCACCGACCCUGCUGGACGGCCGGCCGCUCCGAGAGGGGGUUGCGGACCUCAAGAAGCACCUGCGGCAGGUCGAGACGCGAAGGUGGACGGAGUCGGCCACACGAAAACCAUCAAUGACUGUGUAUGCGGCCUCGAAGCGGGCGAUCGAGCGGGAGCAGCUGUAUGAUGACUCCAGGGGCAGCGGCUUGCUUUUCGAGGCACGAACGGGGACCCUCAAGACCAGGCUGUGGAGAUCGCGAUAUGACGCUGGGGCCCCAAUCGACUGCGUCGCCUGCGGAGCAGCAGAGGAGACAACCGAACAUCUGGUGCUGCAGUGCAAGGCCCUCAGCCCGUGCCCCCAGGUGGACCAUCUGCCGGACGCGCUGGGCUUCCGGACGGCGGAGCGGGGGGAUGACGGCGAGGAACACGUCGAGACCACCAAGCGCCGACUAGAGCAGUGGUGGGAGAUUUCCUGGCGGCUGUGGAAGAGGGAGAGGCGAGCUGGGCCGGACGUGCAAGCGCAAGCCGGACAACCUAUGUUUUCCGCCCAGGUCGACCUGCCCCACACCGUGGACCCGACCGAAGCUCCACCACAACAAGAACUCGGCUAG